GACUGUGGCUGAGUCACCUGACCAAGACCCUGGUGUUACAAUGGCGGCGCCCGUGCUGCGCUGGGGCUGCCGUGGAAGACGUUGGGCUUUAGCCUGCGUUGACGGCGGUUCUUGCUACCGAAGAGGGCCUCCGACUGGGUCCACAUGCGACAGGAUUAGGGGACAGAGCUCAGUGGCUCAGCAGCCCCUGCACACGGCCCAGAAGCCGAGGAAAGGUGAACACAAAUGGGCUGCUGUGGUAGGUUUGGAAAUUCAUGCCCAGAUUUCCUCCAACUCUAAACUCUUCUCUGGAUCUCAAGUUCGCUUUUCAGCACCUCCAAAUUCUUUGGUUUCUUUUUUUGAUGCAUCUCUACCUGGAACUUUGCCGGUUCUCAACAGGAGGUGUGUGGAAGCGGCGGUAAUGACAGGCCUGGCUCUGAACUGCCACAUAAACAAGAAGUCCUUGUUUGACAGGAAGCACUACUUCUAUGCAGACCUCCCUGCGGGCUACCAGAUUACACAGCAGAGGCUUCCAAUUGCUGUGAAUGGGAGCUUGACAUACGGCAUCUCUGCAGGGAAGGAGCGGGGUCAGGUGAUCCCCAAGACGGUGAGGGUCAAGCAGAUCCAGCUGGAGCAAGACAGUGGCAAAAGCCUCCACGAUGACCUGAGAUCUCAGACGCUCAUUGAUUUGAACAGGGCGGGAGUGGGCCUUCUGGAGGUGGUCCUGGAGCCCGACUUGUCCUGUGGAGAAGAGGCGGCAACAGCUGUCAGGGAGCUGCAGCUGAUCCUUCAGGCCCUGGGGACCAGCCAGGCGAACAUGGCAGAGGGCCAGUUGAGAGUGGAUGCCAAUAUAUCCGUGCAUCACCCUGGGCAGCCUUUGGGCGUUCGAACGGAAGUGAAGAAUCUCAACAGCAUCAGGUUCCUGGCCAAAGCCAUAGACUAUGAAAUUCAGAGGCAAAUCAGUGAACUUGAGAAUGGAGGUGAAAUUCUGAACGAAACGCGCUCAUUUCAUGAGAAGCUGGGGUGCACCGUGUCAAUGAGAGACAAAGAAGCAAAACAGGACUACAGGUUCAUGCCGGAACCUAACCUGCCUCCCCUCCUGCUCUACGACGCCACAUCUCUGCCCACAGGUGCAGACCCACAGCAAGUGAUCAACAUCGACCAGAUCCGGGAGACGCUCCCGGAGCUCCCCAGCGUGACCCGAGAGAGGCUUGUCCAACAGUAUGGGAUGCUGCCGGAACACAGCUUCACUUUGCUGAACGAAGUCGGCCUACUGGAGUUCUUCCAAAAUGUGAUAAAAGAAACUAGGGCAGAGCCAAAAAAGGUGACGAGUUGGGUCCUCAACAUUUUUCUGGGCUAUUUAAAGCAAGAGAACCUCGCUGUCAGUGAGAGUCCUGUCACACCCUCUGUGCUCGCUGAGCUUCUUGACCUGUUGGACAGCAGAACAAUUUCUUCAUCAGCAGCUAAACAGGUGUUUGAGGAACUGUGGAAGAGGGAAGGGAAGACUCCAGGGCAGAUUGUUUCAGAAAAGCAGCUUGAACUGAUGCAGGACCGCGGGGCACUGGAGCAGUUCUGCUACUCGGUGAUGAAGGACCAUCCUCAAGUGGUAAUGGAUGUGAAGAAGGGAAACUCCAGAGCUAUAAAUAAACUGAUUGGAUUGGUCAGGAAAGCAACACUAAACCGAGCAGAUCCAGCCAUGAUCAAGGAAAUCCUGGAGAAGCAGCUGUCAACGUGAGGUGUUUGGGGUCCCCAUGCCCACGGGAGAAGAGUGUAGCCUGACUGGGAGCAGGAGCCUGUGAAAGCUGAUGCCCGUGUGCCCCGAGAGCUGCAUCUCUCAAUCCCUGGCCUGAGCCACAGUGAUGGCUUUGUGUGUCACCAGUGUUCUUGCCCUCUGGGCCCUGUGCCAGGAGGUGCCUCCACAGCUGACCAGCAGCCACACCCACCUGCUUCAUCCACUUCAGGAGUGGCCCGUAAUGGCUGCAGCGGUGGUGAAGGAGUAACACCUUCUUGUGUUAAGGAAUCUUAAAGUAAAAACGUAUGUUAGAGAUACUGUUA